CACCACAACUUGCACACCUACUCCAGCCCAGAGAGUGCUGAAGGGACACAUGGAGAAGACUCUGGGUGUUUGUCUGGUUCUUUUUGCAACCUCGUGUUCUGCACAGAGAAGUUAUCAUCUCAUCAGUUUAUCUAAAACAUGGGCUGAAGCACAGCAUUACUGCAGAUCCUGCUACUCAGACCUGGUCACUGUUACCCCUCAGAAUGAACCUGUUCUCACUGCGUCAGCUACAGAUACAUGGAUCGGACUGCAAAGAAUCCCAGGGGGUUGGCAGUGGUCAGAUGGAGACGGCAGCAGUUAUUAUAAGUGGGCACCCGGUGAGCCAAAUAAUUAUGGGGGGCAUGAAGAUUGUGCUGCUCGUCGAACAGACAACAAUUGGAAUGAUUGUUCUUGUACUUCUGGAUUGUAUUUCCACUGUUAUAAAGACUCUUACACUGGGCUGCUGUCUGUUCCUGUUGUCACGGGGACGUCACUGACUCUGCACUGGAAUCCAGCGCCAGGACUUGUUGACCACUACAGGAUAGAAGUCUCCGGGCAGACAAGUCAGACCUUCACAGUAAACACUCAGACUGCUGUUGUGACCUCUCUGACCCCCGGCUGUCUCUACACAGUGCAUGUCUUCCCUGUGAAAUGUGUCAAAGACUGGCCCCCUGCUAGUACAUCAGUCUACACAGCUCCAGUCCCACCAGGACAACUAAUGGCUGACUCUGUGGGACCCAACUCUGUUUCUCUGAGUUGGGGCAGACCUGCCGGUAUGGAUAAGAUCCCACACAGCUUCAACAUCACCUACUGCAGCUCCUUCUGGGGUCACCAGGGCUCCACCACUGCAGCCUCCAAUUCCACCGUCAUCUCUAACCUGAAACCAGCAAGCCAGUACGUCUUCAACAUCACCACAGUGCAGGACGAUGGGAACCAGAGCAUACCUGCUUCAGCAUCUUUCUUCACAACUCCAACCCCACCAGGACAACUAAUAUCUGACUCUGUGGGACCCAGCUCGGUUUCUCUGAGCUGGGGCAGACCUGCCGGUAUGGAUAAGAUCCCACACAGUUUCUUCAUCAGCUACUCCAGCUCCCUCUCGGGUCACAACGACUCCAUCACUUCAGACUCCAAUUCCACCGUCAUCUCUAACCUGAGACCAGGAAGCGAGUAUGUCUUCUGUGUCACCACAAUGCAUGACAACGGGGGCUGGAGCUCACCGGUUUUAAUAUUUCUCUCCACAUCUCCAUCCCCACCAGGACAACUAAAGGCUGACUCUGUGGAAACUAACUCUGUUUCUCUGAGUUGGGGCAGACCUGCCGGUAUGGAUAAGAUCCCACACAGCUUCAACAUCACCUACUGCAGCUCCUUCUGGGGUCACCAGGGCUCCACCACUGCAGCCUCCAAUUCCACCGUUAUCUCUAACCUGAAAUCAGGAAGUGAGUACGUCUUCAACAUCACCACAGUGCAGGAGCAUGGGGGCCGGAGCACACCGGCUUCAACAUCUCUCUUCACAAAAGUAAAUGAGAAGCGGAUGAUAGUGGCUUUCCACUGCAACUCCCAGGACCCGCUGGCAUGCAGGGAUCCCAAAGUCAAAGAGGAGAUGCUCAACCAGCUGAAAUCCAAGAUGGGAGAGCGCUACUCUGGGGUGUAUUGGAGUCUGAAAUGGAGGGAGAAUGGAGGGGACGACUGUAAACAACCCAUUACUGAACUGACAGAUCUGGAUGAAUUAUAGAUUAAUCACCCAUAACUAUUAAACACUCACUAGUGCUGAAUUUAGAAAUGACAAAUGUUUUCAACUAGAAAUAUAGAAGACUAGUUUAUUUUAGUAUUUCUUAAUUAUAGAUUAGAGUUUUAACUUUUUUAAUAUAUAUUAACUCAAUAGUGCUGAAUUUCAAGAAUACUUUAAAAGUAACUUCCACAUGAAUGCUUUUCACGAGUAAAGAAGAAUUUUAAAAUGCUUAGCGUCACGGCCCAGGCUGGUUACCGUCAGGAAAGAGACCCAGAGACAGAAAGCUGCAGUUUAAUUAACAAAAACAAACAGACACAUAAUAAACACAGCACAAGGGCCGAAAUAAAGGUUCAAACAAAAGAACAACACGCGUGUAGGCUGGGCAUUAGCCUUCAUCACAGUGUAAACACUCACCAAACGCCUUUGAUUGUUCUUUCUUUUAUACGGGUGGCCAUUCCCUAAUUAGCACUCAAUUAGGGAAUGGCCACACCUAUGAUUGUUGGGACAGAUUUAACCCCAUCCCUGCCAACCUUGCAUUCCCACCACACACUAUUUACACAUGCUGAGCUUUCGCCCUGCCACAAUGUGAUAGAAAUGUGUGGAGUUUGCUGAUAUGCGAGUCUGAUCUGCUGUUAGAGGAUUAAAAGACCCAGCAAAGUACCUGAUUGUAUCUGCACUGUGUGAUUGGAAGGGCCUGGGACUCCGGAUCCAGCAGAGUUGCGAGGGAACAAGAGGGCUAGGCUGAGUACACACUGUGACUGAGAGCUGCACUCUGCUGUCAGUGAAACAGAGUUCAAACUGCAGUUCAGACAAACAGUUUACCAACAGCUCUGAAAUCUGCCCCUGGUUUACAAUAAAUGUGUUCAGAUCUUUUCAGGUUUUAGUUAGGAUGCUGGUGGAAGAAGAAAUAGAAGCUGUACAUUGUACCUGCUGUAAUAAUGUAGGUGUUUAAAAUAAAGGACAAUUGAAUAUUCACUUAUUUGGCGAUGAAUUGCAUUGUUAUUGUAAUUGCAACAUGUUCUGAAGAGCUGCUGUUCAACAACACAUUUUCAGAACCUUUUUCCCCAAGUCGAAACUCAAAGACCUACCAUAGCAAACACUGACACUGUUUGUUAGAAGCAACACAGGAUCACAGUCAAAGGUCUGUGUGCUGUGUAUUAACUCAGUUCUAGUAUAGUGACACAGGUUUAAUGCAAUUCACUUUAACCAUUAGUCAAUUAAAUUGCUUUUUAACAGUGCAUUGCGUAUACUUUAAAAUCCAUAUGCAACAUGCCUGAAACUUAGAUUACUGUAAACGUAAACAGUUAACGUGGGGGGUUAAGAACAUAAGAACAUAAGAAAGUUUACAAACUAGAGGAGGCCAUUCAGCCCAUCUUGCUCGUUUGGUUGUUAGUAGCUUAUUGAUCCCAGAAUCUCAUCAAGCAGCUUCUUGAAAGAUCCCAGGGUGUCAGCUUCAACAACAUUACUGGGGAGGUGGUUCCAAACCCGCACAAUUCUCUGUGUAAAAAAGUGCCUCCUAUUUUCUGUUCUGAAUGCCCCUUCAUCUAAUCUCCAUUUGUGACCCCUGGUCCUUGUUUCUUUUUUCAGGCCAAAGAAGUCCCCUGGGUUGACAUUGUCUAUACCUUUUAGGAUUUUGAAUGUUUGAAUCAGAUCGCCGCGUAGUCUUCUUUGUUCAAGACUGAAUAGAUUCAAUUCUUUAAGCCUGUCUGCAUACGACAUGCCUUUUAAACCCGGGAUAAUUCUGGUUGCCCACACCUGAUUCCACCCCAUCAUGAGAGACAUUCAGCCAGGAGUUGCAUGUACAUCUUGUAUUAAUAAACCUAUAUACUCAGGUGAGACUUCAGAGCAGAUUUAGCAGGGGCCAGCUCAUUUCAAUAUACCUGAACAAGGGGAGUUCUGCAAACCAGGCCUGAGUGCAGGACUGGUGUGUCUUUCUCCCUGCCUGUACAGUACCUGACUUUGCUACAAUAAAGUAACCAUACCUUUGAGAAAGAGUACAUUACCCUCCAUGAAAUCCAUCCAACAGUCCAGUGUUUAAUACCCUAUUUGUUCUAUUUAUCAUAAUUAUUUUGACUUGUGUACUUCUUGCAUGAUUUGUACUUUCUAAUUAGAAUCGUUAAUUGUGACUGGGGAAAAAUUG